AGUCGCCUCAGUGCCUCAAUCUCUUCAGUCUCCUCAGACUUCUCAGACUCGGUCGCCUCAGGCUCCGCCGCACCGCCUGGAACACCCUGUCCCCAACCCCCGACCCCGGCCCGGCCUCCCGCCAGCCCGUCCGCGGGCACGCCCUCUGGGUUAUCUACAAGAGAGACGGUCUUCACAUGGUUCCAUAUGGACAGUGUCCUCACCCUCGGGGGAAGCAGGUGGGCUGGCAGGACAGGCGUCCACAGGCCGGGAGAAGGAGACACUCCCAGGUAGGUGGGACAAAAGCCAGGCCUUCCAUAAAUCACCAGUUCCAGUUAUGGUGCUCUAAGUUACCACAAGUCUGAACAUUUGUGUCUAUGGAUCUGCUCUGACUCUUAGAGCCGCUUAUGGGGGAAGGUGACACCAUCUGGGCCCCAUCUAUCCUUCCUCUCGACACCCUUGGCACCUUAAGCUACCACCCCCAGACGCAUUUUGGUAGAAAGAUGGAGUCCAAGGUCUCAGAAGGUGGCCUGAACGUGACCCUGACAAUCCGCCUGUUGAUGCAUGGAAAGGAAGUUGGAAGCAUCAUCGGGAAGAAAGGAGAAACUGUGAAAAAGAUGCGUGAAGAGAGUGGUGCCCGUAUCAACAUCUCGGAGGGAAACUGUCCAGAAAGAAUCGUGACCAUCACGGGCCCAACUGAUGCCAUCUUCAAGGCCUUUGCUAUGAUUGCCUAUAAGUUUGAGGAGGACAUCAUCAACUCCAUGAGCAACAGCCCUGCCACCAGCAAGCCCCCGGUGACGCUGAGGUUGGUGGUUCCCGCCAGCCAGUGCGGCUCCCUGAUUGGCAAAGGCGGUUCCAAGAUCAAGGAGAUCAGGGAGUCCACAGGUGCCCAGGUCCAGGUGGCUGGAGACAUGCUGCCCAACUCCACGGAGCGGGCAGUGACCAUCUCAGGGACUCCUGACGCCAUCAUCCAGUGUGUCAAGCAGAUCUGUGUGGUCAUGCUGGAGUCCCCACCGAAAGGUGCCACCAUUCCCUACCGCCCAAAGCCCGCCUCCACCCCUGUCAUUUUUGCAGGUGGUCAGGCCUACACGAUCCAGGGACAGUACGCCAUCCCGCACCCAGAUCAGUUGACCAAGCUCCACCAGUUGGCCAUGCAGCAAACCCCCUUUCCUCCCCUCGGACAGACCAACCCCGCUUUCCCCGGAGAAAAGCUGCCUUUACACUCCUCCGAAGAAGCUCAAAAUCUGAUGGGCCCGUCGUCAGGUCUGGAUGCCAGCCCCCCGGCCAGCACUCACGAGCUCACCAUUCCCAAUGAUCUAAUAGGCUGUAUAAUUGGACGCCAAGGGACCAAAAUCAAUGAAAUUCGACAGAUGUCUGGAGCUCAGAUAAAAAUUGCCAAUGCCACAGAAGGGUCAUCAGAGCGCCAGAUCACCAUCACAGGGACCCCAGCCAACAUCAGCCUUGCUCAGUACCUCAUCAAUGCCAGGCUGACGUCUGAGGUCACUGGGAUGGGUGCGCUCUAAUCCUGCCCAGCAUCUUCCACCCUGCGAACCCUGGCAUCCACGUGGCUCGCACGCUCUGUACAGACAGCCCACCCUGUGUCACAAAUACAAAUAGAGGUUUUCUUUACUAACAAAAUGGUCUAUAGAGGUACACAUGCCAACAAAGCAAGUCUAUAUCUACAGCUGUCUGUGAGCUCCAGGCCUGUCCCUGACUGUGCAUUCAGUAACUUCUGCUCCAGUCUUCUCACGUGUCCGCAUGCAGCGCUUAUUAUGUUCAGUGCUUGGGGGCAUUCCCAUCUAUGACAUUUUAGAAAUAUCGCUCCUUAGUGUCAGUGUAACUGUUUUAAGAGUUGGUUUAACAUUUUGACAGCACUUCCUAUCAGUCGUCUUCUCCUUAUCCAUCUAGACCUGUGGCUGCCCCUCUCUCACCGGGCCCCACCUGCUGACUUUGUUUCCCCUCGUACCCUUGCUUGUCUUGGUCCACGUGUUCAUGCAGGUCUUGUGCAAGUCUCAGGCUGUAUCCUUUCCCUUAUUCCAAGGGAAGGAAAGCAGGUGCCGGGACCUGACCUGAGAAGUGGGAUGAUGGAGGUGCUAGGCUCUGACUUCACAGAGAUGUUAUGUGUGGGGAGGCCACACAUGGGCCUUGGGCAGCUUCCGGGGUGGCUGGAGGAUUCGGACUGGCCAGGAAGCGCCAGUGCACCAUGUCGGAGUUCAAUAAAUGUCGUGGGCUGCC